AUGCAGUGACGCGUUUGUUGUGAGACGGGAAGGCACUCAAGGGAUUAUUUCCACAACUGGGAUUAUUUUUUAUUUUUUUAAAACAGCGAUGUGAGUGUCUGAAAGAGGAUAAGUUCUCCUACAAAAAUGGCCUCAGAACUUCACGAAACCAUCUUUAUGGCCAAACAAGAGCGACACAAAAAUCUUUUUCUGAACUACAGAAAUCUGAAUAAUUUCCCCGUUGAGCUUCUCAGAGAUGAAGGACUUCAGUUUCUGGAGAGACUCUACAUGAAGAGAAACUCUCUCACGACACUACCUGAGAAUUUAGCCCAAAAACUUCCCAAUCUGAUUGAAUUAUACCUCCAUUCAAACAAUAUCGCUAUUAUUCCUCAAGCUAUUGGCAACCUGGUUAAACUGCAGUCACUGGACCUAAGUGACAACGCCCUGCAAAUCAUCUGUCCAGAGAUUGGUCAGAUGCGCUCUUUACGACAUCUGCGAUUGGCCAAUAAUCAAUUGAAAUUUCUCCCACGAGAACUGGGAGAUCUUCGAGAGCUGGAGACUCUUGAUGUGUCCAUGAAUCUCCUGAGGACUCUACCAGAGGAUCUUCAUCAGUGUGUGUCUUUACAGUGUCUGACGGCAGACCGUAACCUCCUGUACGCUCUUCCCCGUCAGAUCUGUCUACUGCCUGACCUCAAUGAGCUCUCGAUGGCUGCCAACUGCCUGACUUCACUGCCGCUGGAUCUGGGGCGCUCCAUGGAGCUGCAGUUUGUCUUUGUGGACAACAACGCUCAUCUGAGAGGUCUCCCGUCAUACCUUUAUAAUAAAGUCAUUGGCUGCAGUGGCUGUGGUUUGGGUGCUCAGGUCUCUGAUGUGAAACCUCUCUCGCUAACUCUGGGAGGUGUAACCGUUCCUCUCCCAUCUGAAGUGAAAGCCAUCGGCUCAGAGACGGAGCGCGUGUUGCCGUUAGAAGAGCUGGCGUGCAGAGUCUUGCAUGCGACCCACGGCCUCUCCGAUGUAAAUGUGUUGCCCAGGAGUCUUCAGGAUGUUGUGCGAUGGCCUUUGGGUCACUGUCAUCGCUGCAGUCAGCCCAUGUUCACCAUCGUCUACCCUAAACUCUUUCCUCUCAGGCAGACGCCACUCGCUGGAGUACAUAAGAGAACCACGGUGAGUUUUCUAGCGUACUGUUGCUCCAGUCUGUGUCUGAGGACCUUUGACCUGCAGGGUUCAUGAAGAGGUGGAGAGAUUGAACUCAUGUCUGUCCUGAGGCUCAUCAGCGUACAGAAGACAUUACAGACAUCAGAGGAUGCUCUCCAUUCACACGAGUUUGGUGUCGUUUUACACCAGCAAUCGUCUUUAAACCGAUAAAUGAAAGCAGAAUGAGAAGAGCCAGGCUGUGAACCGUAAAAACAAUAUUUGUUUUGCUUUUAUUUUAGUUUAUAGUAGCAGAAAGACUGCGGGUGUCAGGUGCAGCACUUAAUCAGUCUGUAAUUGGUGGAGAUUUCUUAAAAAACAUUCUUUUAAUUAAUCUUUGAUUUAAAGAUUAUUGAAUGCAUAUCACUGUUUUACCAUCACCCAAUUUCCAAGAAAACCAUUUUAAAGUCACUUAUUUUGCAUAUCAAACUCAGGUUCAUAAACAUGUUUGUGUGAUGUAUAAAGUGACGAAGUUUGAAUUAGCACUGUUAAAAUUAUGUGUGUUUUGUUGCAAAGUCCACUUUAUUAGCACUAUUUUUGUAUAAAAAAAAAAUUAGGGGACAAUGACACAUAAAUCUGCCGAUAUUAUGUUACGUCUCUGUGUCAUGAUCUGCAACUGGAUUACAUGCAAAUAAGAGUUAAAGUCAUCAUGAAACGGAAGUAGCGUGUUUCGUCUUUUCUGUUUAAUGAUGUGUGUCUGAGUAAAAUGGCGGUGAUUUCGUCCAUCAGGAUCUUUUUUCAAGUUGGCCUAAUUGCUUAUCGCUUGAAUUUUUCCCGGACAGAAACAAAUCUACGAUAGCUCCGCCCCUUGCGCCGCUCCUCCUGAAAUGUUUAUAAUAAACAUUACAAUAUUUCAUAGAAAGUAAGUUUUUAAUUUAAUAGUGACUUUAACGGUACAAUAUAGGACUUCGCCACUAAAAGUCACAUUUUCAAAAGUACAACAAAGGCGAAGCUUGAUGACGUUAUGAAGGACAGUGGAACGGCUUGGGCCAUGUUGCUAAAUGCUAAUCCCUGCCAUCUUUUCCCGGACAGAAACAAAUCUAUGAUAGCUCCGCCCUCGCGCCAUUCCUCGUGACAAGAAGUGAAGAGAGGUCGUUUCGAGGAUGGGAGGAGGUUAAUGUUUUCAAUUAAAGAUUAUGAGGGCACGUGAAUUUAAAAAAAAAUAAUUAUUAAGUGCACAGAUAAGUCAUUUAUAAUAAACACUACAGUAUUUGUAAAAAUUUUAGUUUUUUUUAUUUCAAUUUUAUGGUGACUUUAAAGGCACAAUAUAGGAUUUCACCACUAGAGGUCGCAUAGCAAAAGCUUUUUAUUUUUACAUUCUCGAUGUAUAUGAUUAUAUUUUUCGAGACAAACACAAUCGGAGUUAUAUUAGAAUGUCCUGGCUAUAUUGGGGGAAUAAUUAUGUCUGCAUUACGUUUCGAAGCACAACCCAGUACACCAGCGGCUCUGACUACUCUUGGCAUUUCUAACUGAAUAACUAUGAGCAUAUUUGACUGUAUGAUGUUUUGGCAUUAAGAACAUGGUUGUAAAAUCUCUUAUUGUGUAUUUCUUAUUUCAUCUUCUUGCAUGAAUUGAAUUUUAAAGGUUGAGAAGAAAUGUAAGACGUCUUUACGGUGAUGAACAGCUAACAAAACAAGAUUCCUGCUAGUUGUUGUCAACAAUAAAGUUUAAAGUGUCAUAUUUUA